AUGGGCCCGACUCCUGACGCCCGAGUAGAUUCAGCCUGCCAUUCUUGUUUAUUGGAUACCCCUACCGCCCCGCCGCACCCCCAGCCUCCACGCCUCAAGCAGCCCGACUUCACCGCACCUCUUCUGCGCGACAAGCACCGCGAGCUGCUCCACUACCCGCUGCUGCGCUCCCUGCACCUCAACUCGCUCCGUCACCCGUCUCCCGCACCGCCCCCCGCCCCCGCCACCAUCGUGUCUCAGGAACAGCGCCUCGGGCCUGCGGCUUCCGCGCCGCCGAACAAUUCCACAAAGAAAGCCCCCCCGAGACCGCGCCAGUCGCCACGGCAAACCGAUGGGAAUAAUAGCGUGGCGGGGACAGUUACGAGCGGCACUUCGCAGGUGACAUCCGACACGGCAAAAAUGUCGAGCAGGGGGAUUGAGGGGGUCAAGCACGCGCUGCCCACGCGCCCGCGCAUAGUCCAGCAACACUCCAAUUCCGUCCCCUCCACCCCGCACCAGCAUCCGCGGGACCUCUCCUUCCGCUCGAGGACGCCCUCGCCGAACGCGGGCUUGGGGGGUGGCCACUCGCCCAGGUCCGUCUCCUCCGAGGCCAACGGCGCGCUCCCCUCCCUAAGAAAGCAGCCGUACAGGUGCAAGUUUGAGACGGGCAUGGCUUUCGGCAGGCGCCGGAUUCCCUACGAGAACUCUGAUCCCCUCGAGCCCGCCCCCGAGACGCCCAAGGUCGCGCUCGCCCCCAAGGAGGACGAUAAGCUGAGUGGCGACAUGCGCGAGUUGUACGACCGGUUACUGCCGUCUUCGGAGAGCGAUGAAAGGCGCCUGACACUGGUCAAGAAGCUGGAGCGCAUAUUGCACGAGGAGUGGCCUGGCAACGUCUUCAAGGUCCACGUGUUUGGGUCCUCGGGCAAUCUGCUCUGCACGACCGAGUCGGAUGUGGACGUCUGCAUACAGACGCCGAUGAGACAGCUGGAAAGCGUCCAUAUGCUAGCCGAAGCGCUUGCGAACCACGGAAUGGAAAAAGUGGUCUGCGUCGCAUCGGCAAAGGUGCCAAUCGUCAAGGUUUGGGAUCCGGAGCUCCAGUUGGCUUGCGACAUGAACGUCAACAAUACCCUCGCGUUGGAAAACACGCGAAUGAUCAGGACCUAUGUCCAGAUUGAUGAGCGCGUCCGGCCGUUGACCAUGAUCAUCAAGUAUUGGACAAAGCGGCGGAUAUUGAAUGAUGCUGCCCUUGGCGGCACCCUGAGCUCGUACACUUGGAUCUGCAUGGUUUUGAAUUUCCUUCAGAACCGGGACCCGCCCGUUCUUCCAGCAUUACACCAGAUGCCGUUUCAAAAGCACAUCACAGAGGCCGGCAUCGAAUCGGGCUUUUUCGACGACUUGGACAAGGUGCGUGGAUUUGGAAAGGACAACAAAGAGUCGUUAGGGCAGCUUCUGUUCCACUUCUUUCGUCUGUACGGCCAUGGGCUCGAUUAUGGAGAGUAUGUGGUUUCAGUCCGGCAGGGUCGGCUGUUGACGCGGAAAGAGAAAGGAUGGGAACCGACUGGUGGCAACAAAGAGGGCUUGCCCCGGUUGUGUGUUGAAGAGCCAUUCAAUACGUUUCGAAACCUUGGUAACUCCGCCGACGACUACGCAUUCCGUGGGAUUCAUCUGGAAAUCCGCCAGGCCUUUAACUACCUCGCCGAUGGUGGCAAGCUCGACAAGAUGUGCGAGCAGUACGAGUUCCCCAAGGAAGAGUUCAAGUCGCUUUUCCAGAGGCCAACGCCGGCGCCGAAACCGACAUUGACCUCGAGCACUUCGCCAUCGCGGAGAGGUGGCCGCAAUAGCAAUAGGGGGAGGAACCACUACAAUAACAGGAACAACCAAGGCGAUCGCAGGGCCUCUAGCGCCACGUACGGCAUGAACAACAUUCCCUUUCUUCAAAGUCCCCCGAUGGGAGUCGGCGGGCCAGACUAUUUCACUACCACCACCGGAGCUUCGCUUCACGAGCAGCUUUACAAGCAAUACCACCUGCUUGAGUUGCAACAGCACAGCUUGAAGGCGCAGCUUUUUGCCCAGGCUCAGGCGCGCGCCCAGCAAGCGCAGGUCCUAGCACAGGCUCAAGCUCACGCGCGAAAUGGGCAAAGUAAUGGCUCUUCGCCCAAGACGCAAACGCAGUAUGUCACCAGUCAUCCACGAAGUCUGGACGACCCUCCUGCGAGCGCUCCACUCGUACCGGGGUUCUUCUAUCCUUACCCCAAUACGUAUGACCAAGGACAGCCGAUGGCGCAGUCCAACUCCCAAGAUGGCAUUCGGACGAACCCGUCGUCGCCAUCCCUCCCUAUGAGCAUACCCACGAACCGGAGGAACGUGCAUCGCUCACCAAUCGCCGAGGGGUCAGCCAACAGCUCCAUACGUUCGCAUUCGCAACCGGCGAGACCUGACCAGAACGCGAUGGUGUUUCCGGGUUAUCCACCAAUCCCUGCAUACCCGCCCAACCUCAUGGGCUAUCCGAUCGCGCGUUCUACGCAAGAGCAGCCGCCUACUUCCGCUCCGCAGACGGUCGAGGUUCCUGUUGGCCAAACUCAGCCAAUGCCGGUCAUGCGGGAAGUCACGCAUAAUGGGUCUCCGAAGGAGUACUUGGGUUAUUUCAUGAGUGAAUCGCCGCAAACCCGCCCUGUGUAUCAGGAUUACACAGUGGCUCCGAUACCUUCUUUUCAAGACCUGCAGAGCAGGCGAAGGCGGCUCUCGCCAGACCAGGCGCAAGCUCACGGGCCAUCGGGCCAGCAGGCGCACAUGUCGCGAUCGCCUUCACCUCUGGGCCAUGGCCAUGCCCGGAACCAUUCAUCUGGUCCACAGAAUGCGUCCGCGGCAGCCGCUCCGGCACCGACGAAUGGUCGGGCGACGGCACCGACACGCCCUGCAAUAGGGACGGGACCUGUCAUUGUCAACGGCUCUUACCCCGUGGCGCAGAGCAAAGAUCCGAAGAACGGCUUCGACUCCAGGGAUUCGUACUCCUCGGUUACUGGGUCCACGGGGCGCCAAGAUGAGCCGUUUCCCAUGGACAUGCCCGAAACCCAGCAGCAGCAGCAGCAGCAGCAGCAACAGCAACAGCAACAGCAACAGCAACAGCAACAGCAACAGCUUUAUGCCAAUGAGUUGUUGCGGCGCCAUUACGAGGCAGAACCCGCCAUGAACGGAACAACUCCCUAUGGGUCGGUGGCAUUGCCAAAUGGCACGAGCACCGAAAGCUCGCAUAGCCAUUCGCCCGUCAAUGGGGUCAGGGAAAACGGAAACCACUCUCCCAGCAACGGCUCGGCAAAGGCUUCAGAUGUGCCGGCAUGGCGCGUCAAUGCGAGGCCGACGAACGGCAUGCCGCCACUAGACAUCUCCCGUGCCGCUGCCGAACCCGUGCAGACGAUCCGGUCUGCUGCCGCUGCGCUGCCGCUUCUGUCCCCCGUCGAAGAGGCGAGAACACCGUCGCCGACCGUGAGCCGUGGCCCCUUGUCCGCAGUCUUGCCGUCCACAAACGGUACGCUGGGCGGUUCGGGGAAGGAGAACCACUCGACUCCUCCUCGAUCCACAGGCGCUGGCACGCACGGUGGUAAGAGCCACUCCAAGAAGGAUUCAGCUCCCACGCCCGCCGAGAAGCUCCACGGAAAGGGCGGCAGUGGACAUGGUCAUGGCCAUGGCCACCAGUGGCAAAAGUCUGCGCCAAAGAAGAAAGGCCGCGCGCGCGCGAAGAGCAACGCGAGCAAAAACGGCGAGGGCCACAGGGGCGAGCCAAUGCCCGUCAACGAAGCUGACCGCAAGGGUGGUUAG